UGCUUCGUGAUCCUUUUAAAAUUCUCUUACGAGCCCGGGCAAUUUCAUUGUUCAAGCCUGCAUUUAGCAUAAUUCAAACAACUCUCAACUCUACCAGUCUACGGUAUGCUCUCUUGAAAUGUUAAAUGUUUGAAAUACAAAGCCGCCGAAAUUCUUCUGAAAAGCAAGGAAAACGAUUUCUGCACGUUGAGCUCCGAUGCAUCUGUGCAUUACACUCUGCACAGGAAAACUACUAGUUGAGAGUUAGGACCGCGUCGCCGGAAAGCCCUGAAAAGCUUUUUUUUUCUUACUAAAGAGAUAUACAUUUAACAACAUCAAGCUGGCUCACACUCUUCCAAACCAGACCAGUUUGACAGCUGCUCUUCACCCCCUUUGGAGGACUGUCAACAGCAAGAGGAUGGCAUCAGAACUGGCAAUGAGCAACUCCGACCUGCCCACCAGUCCCCUGGCCAUGGAAUAUGUUAAUGACUUCGAUCUGAUGAAGUUUGAAGUGAAAAAGGAGCCGGUGGAGCCCGAUCGCAGCAUCAACCAGUGUAGCCGCAUGAUCGCCGGGGGAUCCUUGUCUUCCACCCCGAUGAGCACGCCUUGCAGCUCGGUUCCCCCUUCUCCAAGCUUCUCGGCGCCCAGUCCGGGCUCGGGGAGCGAGCAGAAGGCACACUUGGAGGAUUUCUACUGGAUGACCAGUUAUCAGCAGCAGUUGAACCCGGAGGCUCUGGGCUUCAGCCCCGAAGACGCAGUAGAGGCGCUGAUUAACAGCAGUCACCAGCUUCAGACAUUCGAUGGCUAUACUAGAGGGCAGCAGUUUGCCGGCGCAGCCGGGGGAGGAGGCACCAUGGCCGGGGAAGAGAUGGGAUCAGCCGCCGCGGUGGUCUCCGCAGUUAUCGCUGCUGCAGCCGCACAGAACGGAGGUCCACACCACCACCACCACCACCAUCACAAUGCGGGGCACCAUCAAGCGCCGGGAGUCUCGAACAACUCCGGGGGAAACCACCAGCACAUGCAUUUGGAUGACCGGUUUUCGGAUGACCAGCUGGUGACCAUGUCGGUGCGAGAGCUCAACCGGCAGCUACGGGGGGUCAGCAAGGAAGAAGUAAUCCGGCUCAAACAAAAGAGGAGAACCCUCAAAAAUAGAGGCUAUGCCCAGUCCUGUCGCUACAAGCGUGUCCAGCAGCGGCACGUCCUGGAGGGAGAGAAGACCCAGCUCAUUCAGCAAGUUGAACACCUCAAACAAGAGAUCUCCAGGCUGGUCCGGGAGAGGGAUGCCUACAAGGAAAAAUACGAGAAGCUCAUCAGCAAUGGCUUCAGAGAAAACGGAUCCAGCAGUGACAACAAUCCUUCCUCUCCGGAGUUUUUCAUGUCGUCUCGGAAGUUUCUUCACCUGUGACCAGAGAGCCUGCUCCUUCCUCACCCCGCCCUUGCAGACUGAGAUAACAUGGCAGCGGAAUGCCGAGGCAGACCCAUGGCACAGGGCCUCCCACAAAGCACAACCUUUCGAAAGAAAAAAAAAAAAAACAAGAACCGCCCACCCACCC